AUGGGACCUUACGUAACCACCUUACGUCUGCAUGACCGGGCUAUUAACAUCGAUUUGUCGGGCGCUACGAUUCGUCCUCCCGCGGUCCGAGACCUGAUUCCGUCCGCUGGAACCCUGCGAGCACUUUCUCUGGGUCAUUGUCAAGGGCAUCUGGAUCCGGAAUUGGCCGGGUUGUUCGGAGCGGCGACGCAGCUCCUAGACUUCGAGGCCACCGCCACGGAGUUUCAGGGGAAGCCGCUGCGUCGAAUAGCCCCGUCACUCCGUACCCUGCGUUUGCGGCAGUGCCCCUCUUUAUUGGCCGAACCGUUGGCCGACGCGUUAAAGCAAUUCCUCUCUUUCGUCAACCUUGAACUUGCUCAUUGUGAUGGCUUGACGACCGAUCUGCCUCUUCAGCAGUUGAUCUCAAACCAGCAUAUACAUCAAACCUUAGAGGAUCUGCGAAUUACAGGAGUAAGUUUCGAUCCCGUAAUGUUGGACCCCGAGUUAGAGGACAUAGAGGUUCCACAGGAUUUGCAGGCCCCCUACGUGGAACUAAACAUCGAGCUAGCUAAUGCAGGCACCUCACUGGCGGAAGCCUUCCCACGAUUACGCACCCUACACCUACGAUUUUGUGGUUGGGUAUCGAACUCCCUAAUCGUACAAAUAGGGGAAACCUCAAGGGACUUGGAAUGUUUGGAUCUCUCGGGCUGCUCCAACGUGCGAGGCCAGUUUGCCCUGGAGCCGAUUGCAACCUUACCGCGGCUGAGAGAAGUGCAUGUAUGCAACCUACAUCCCUCAGUGGGGAUUCAGCCAUUGGGAUCUCUGGCGACUCUCGAAGAGCUCCAGUGUCGAGACUCAGCUGGAAUAACGGAUGAGGACGUCUGCGAAGUGGUGCAGGGUUGCCCAGUCUUGUCCCAGAUCAAUGUAGAAGGAUGUCAGGGAGUGACGCAGCAGACUGUCGUCGGGGCGACAGAAAUCAUCCGGCAGCAAGGAAGAACAAAGGUCCUAAGUUUGUGGGUUGGCGAGACGGGGGCAAAUCGCUUUGCUAGAGUUAGACAGUCGCUUUUACUCUGUGUUUAUUUCGACCGGGCAUAUCAACCGUUUUUGCAGUGA